UUAAAAUUAUUUUUUUUUGUCUGAUGAACUGUGUCACGAAAAUAAAAACGCACUUAUUGCAUAAGAAAAAUUUGAUAGAGAUAUAAUAAAAAUAGUUAAAUAAAUAAUGGAAAUUAAAGAAAAUAAAUUAGUAGAAGAAAAAUAUUUUUUACAAGCUAUCGAUGAUCUAGGAAAAGGAUCAAAACUUCUUUGGAUUGUUUUUAUCAUCAAUCUUUCAACAACACUAUUGUUUGGAAUUAAUUCCAUGUCCUAUGUCUUUAUCGGUGAGAUACCGAAAUAUUGGUGCUCUACUCCAGAGCUUACUUCUGCAAAUUGGACUACGAAUGAAAUAAAUAAUAUUUCUAUUGUUGAUACAUGUCAACGAUAUGAUUAUAAUUAUACACAACUUGUGGAAUUGGGAUACGAAAAAGCCGUACAACAUGUCAAGAAUUUCGAAUCUAAGCCAAAGAUAGUUUCCUGUUCAUCAUUUAUAUUCGAUGAUAAUGGAAGAUCAACAAUCGUUAGCGAAUGGCAAUUAGUGUGCGACAAAAAAUUACAUCGAGCAAAUACAUUUUUAGUGUUUUCAUUAGGAAUAAUGAGUGGAUCAGCAAUUCUAGGAGUAUACGCAGAUAAAUAUGGCCGAAAAAAUUCAUUAAUUAUUAGUAUAAUAUUGCACACUAUUGCUGGGCCUUUGAGUGCAUUAGUACCAUGGUUUUGGGCUUAUAUUGUUUUGAAAUUUUUUACAGGAAUGAGUCUGGGUGCUAUGUAUUCUUCGGCAUAUACUAUUUUUUCGGAAGUCGUGAAAAGCAAAAGAAGAAAGCUCUUCGUGGGUAUGCUUGACAGUACAUUUUCAGUUGGGACGUUUUUUCUUAUAGGCAUGGCUUAUUUUUUACCUAAUUGGAGGCAAUUACAAAUGGCCAUAUCAUGUUUUGUUCUACCAAUAGUUAUACUCAUUUGGUUUAUGCCAGAAUCACCACGAUGGUUGAUAUCUCAAAAUCGUCAUGACGAAGCUCAAAAAAUAAUUGAAAAAUAUCAUAAAUCGUUUGUUAUGACACCAAUUAGUAUUGUGGGAAGCUCAACAAAUGAACCCACAAUGUCAUCGGGAGAAUGUGAUGAAACACUAAACGAAAAUAAAAGUUUUUUUCAUCGUAAUUUCGAAAGCUUACGAAUUCUGUUUACGCAUUCAGAUUUGAGAAAAAAAAUCAUCAUUAUGAAUUUUUCGUAUUACGUCACCACGGCGGCAAGUUAUUCGCUUGCGUUCAACGUUGAAAAUUUGAAAUCAAACCGAUAUGUUUACAUGUCAAUAUUGUCAGCCAAUGAAGUACUAGGGAAUUCAAUAAUUUCAGUAGUACUGUUAUUUUUUAGCUGUCGAAAAUCACUCGUUACAUCCUACACAGUUGCAUUUAUUUUAAUGAUAACAAUUUUAGCUAUCCCUGAAGAAAAUAAAAAUACAAUUAUAGGAUUAGCAUUAGCAGCAAAGUUUUGUUUUUCCGCAAAUUACACUGCCAACUUAGUGCUAUUUUCGAAAUUGUUUCCUAGCAAUGUUAGAAAUACCGCAUUCGGAACGUGCAUAGUAAUGGGACAAACUGGAGCUAUGACUGCACCAUAUAUCGUUGAUUUGCUCGGUAAUGUUGCUUGGUGGGCUCCUACUACACUUUGUAGCGUUUUAUCUCUUAUGACUGGAAUUCUUUGUCUUGCUAUUCCUCGAACAAAAGUAGAUAAUUGACAUUACACUUCGAUAGUUAAGGAACAUAAUGGAAAAAAAUUGUAGACCCAUAUAACAAUAUUUUUCAAUUCUUGAGCAAGCAUGCUCUCAAGAUCAAUAGGUGCUAGUGUCUUUUUCUACGUAUGUGUCUUGCUGCAAAUACUUGUGACCAGAUUUAAAUUGCAAGCUUUACACAAGGAAUUCGUUCCAGAUUAUAACUUAAUUCUGGAGGAAGACUUUAGUUGAAAAUAGUUGCGCAUGACUUGAUCAAGAUCUGCUCAAGGCUCAAAAUUGACUCAAGCUCUUUGAUCUCGAAAACAGCGGGAAGUUUUGGGGCUGGCCUGCAGGGUCCAUCGAUUUCCAGAUUUUUUUUUUAAUAAAGUUAAUUGAAAUGCAGAAAUUUGUUGAUUAAAUCAUAGCUCAAUUUAUCAUGAGAUGUUAUUACUAUUAAGAUUCGAUUACUAUCGAGUUUUAAAAACAAAUUUAUUUGAAAAUAAAAUAACCGUCAAUUAUUAAUGUCUUUUUU